ACAUAACCUGGCGCCUUUUACACAUUUGUUGAUUACUCUCAUUUAAUUUUAUGUUUCUCGGAACAAACUGAGCUUUAGGUCAAUUUUUAUUUUAAUUAAAAGUUAACAACAGAAAAGAUGAUAAAGGAAGAAGUUUCUGAACAAAUCGUAGUUGAAAUCGAUUCCCAAAAUUUACCAGAAUAUGAAGAAAACAAAAGUGAAAUCAAGUUUGAAGAGAACGGAAAAAGAUGUAAAAAUCCUGAAAAAUACACAGAAAUUUAUGAGAGCUAUACUAAAAAGGAAUAUGAAAAGUGCAUUGCAAUAAUUAAUGAUGUUUCAGAACACCAUGUUGAAUACGAAAUUCUCAAAAGCGCUUGUUGGAUUAAUUUAGGGAAGAAUUAUCCGGAAGCUCAUCGAAUCUUAGAUGAGCUUCUAGAAGAAGAUUCGGAAAAUGCAUUCACUAUUUAUGCUAAAGGUUUAGCAUACUUUCACGAAGAAAUGUGGGAACAAAGCAUUGAGUAUUUCAGUAAAGCACGAAAACUUGAUGAAUCUGCUGAUAUGGAUCGAGCUGAAGUAAUGCUUGAAAAAGCACAAGCAAAACUUAACUUACUAGAGAGGGAAACAACUCCAGAAACGAAAGGAUCUCAAGGGAGCUUGAAAAGAACAGAAUCAUUGAUUAAAUACAGACGUUCAUUUGGAGGAACCAACAAUUCUCGUCGAUUUGGAUGCGAAAUUUGCAAUCACUUUUUCGGUAAAAAGUUUAAUCUGGAUCGUCACAAUCGUUCACUUCACAAGCGAGCAACUCCUUUGAAUUUCCCUCGAAAGUCUACAUCAACUGUAUCAAAAAUUAAACAAGAAAUAAAACAUGAAACAACAGAGACAGAAAAUAUCAAAGUUACCAACAAGUUGAAGUUCCGAAGCUUCAACAGGCCUGGAAAGUCUUCAGCAACUAUGAAGAAAGGAUGGGCCAAAUGUAAUGUCUGUAAGAAAGCUUACAAGAAGAGUAGUCUUGCUCGUCAUCUUAUCAUUCACAGUGGGAAGAAACCGCAUAAAUGUGAUCAAUGUCCGAUGGCUUUCUUCCAAAAAUCAGAUUUAAGUCGUCAUGAAACAACACACAGCGAUGAGAUGAACUUCGAAUGUGAAUUAUGCGAUAAGAAAUUCCGAAUCAAGAAGAAUUUACAAGUUCACAAGAAACGUCAUCACCCUGAAAGUCUCUAAAAUUUCAAUUAUAAUUAAUUUGUUUUUAUUUCCAUUUUAAUUUUUUAUUAACAAAACGAAAGAAUUUGAAUCAAAAAAUGUCACAAGAAAAAUAACAUUUCAAAUAUUCCAAUCAAAUAAAGCCGAGAAAGAAA